AUGGACUUCAAAUGCCAAUUUAACAAUUGUAAUGCUACAGUCGCGUACACAGACGUCCUUCAACACCUGCAAAAUCACAACCUGGACAAGGUUUGUUGUUGGGAAUCGUGCGAUGAGAUUGUGGACUGCCAAUCAGAUCUCUACGAACAUCUUCUCAAAGUCCACAUCAAGUACAACCCGGAAGGAUGUCAACAAUGUGGGAGAAGGUUCGCAGCGUUAAAUCGCUUGAUUAUUCAUCACAAAAAGGCUCAUACUAAGGAUUUUAAUAAGCAUGUAAGUGUUUUAGAUCAUUAUUCGAUUUUUAUGGACGUUAAGGCUACUUUUAAAAUAUGGCAGGCUUGUUUCGGUCUGUUGGAAUGAGUAAAUUUUGUUUUGUACUCAAAAACGGCUCAGAAGAAGGUAAAUGUAAAGGAAGAUUGCCACUAAAAUGAUUUGGGGACAUAUUUACUUUCGUACCGCUCGGUGAGAUUAUUAUUAGAAGAGUAGGCUCUUAUACCUAGAAUACUUUAGGCUAUUUUGAAUGGUAAUCACACCAAUUCUAGAUGGACUGCUACUGCCCAAUUGAUAAUUGCAUGUUCUCGUCACCAAACUUGUUGGCCGUUCAAAAACAUGCAUAUACAGAACAUGUGGACGCUGGUUUUAGCACUUUUAACAGUUUUUUAUUCUCAAACGUAAGUUCAGCUACAAAAAUUUAUUUUACAAUUUUGGCGUUAUUAGGUUUUAUAAGUUGUAAAUUUGUUAAAGUUGGGUUAGGUAUGGUAUUUGGAGCUUAGAUUAUAUUUUUUUUUAGUUUUGAUUAUGUUUUCUAUGUUAAAGUUGUGUCAAUUCAUAAAAUUUUCAAUAUUAUGUAAAAUUAUGGUUAUUAUUAAGGUAACGUCCUGUUUUAGAGAGUCCGAGUGAUUUUUGUUAACAACAAGAACUGGAGACAAAUAAUCAAGCAAUCUCUGCCAGAUCUCAUCACAUUUGAUGCCGAAUUCUGCGGUGAUCCCCUCCCGCACUUGCCAACACAAAUUGCAGUCUUGGAAAGACAUUUGGAUCAUAAUGUGCACGACUUCUCGGUCCAACUUGAAGAAAAGGAGAAUGAAAACACAAUGCAAGUUGAUUCACCGGCUUUGGCCGAGAAAAAACGUCAAAACUCAACCAACUUCACGACUGUAACUCAACCAAGUCGACAGAGUAACCCAUCAGAAAGACCUCGACAAGUACCUCAACAUGUUGUGGACAACAGUGUGGAUGAAGCCGAGAUUCAGCGUCAGAUCAAUUAUCAAAUGAAGUUUGUUGAUUUUACUCAAUUGAUUCGCGGAGGGUACCAGCAAAGUGAUGUUGAUCUAGUUUAUACCGCCGUCAGGGAUUACGUGAAUCAAAAACGUAAGUUUGUGAAUGUUAAUGAGGUUUUUUGGCAAAAUGUUACUGGUUUUUGUAGGUAUAGCUGGGCGGGGUGAUUUUUUUACAAAAAGAGAUUAAGUUCAAAUUGAAAAAGUUUUAAGUGAAGUUCUCUUCUAAUCUCUAGCUAACUAUUCCUUGCUUUCUAUAAUAAAUCUAAAAAAUAAUUUUACAGAUGUAAGAGAACGCUACAAAGACCUAUCAGAUUGUGUAACCUACACAAUUCAAUACCUAACUGGACAAAAGGUAGACUUUCGCUCAAACUCGCGUCAAUCAAAUGCAAGUUCUACAAGCUCUGCUAAGCAAAAGUCUUCUCAUUCUGACGUUCAUCAACUUCGUCAAGUCAAACGCGAGCAUGUUGAGCAAGCUCAAGAGCAUGCCAAUCAAUUUGCACCUUCAAUUUCACAUAGCAGAUCAAAUUCGACCAAUCAUCGAGUAGCCAAUGCUCAAAAAGCUCAACAACAAUAUCCGAGUGAAGGCAACAACAAUUGUUAUCCCAAUAAUAAUGGAAAUUUGAAUGCCAAUGUUGGUGUAGAUCACAUUAACGUCAAUAUUGAUGUAGAACAGCCGAGCAAUGCCGAGAAUUACUACGAUCCUCAUUUGGAUGCUCUUGGCUAUAAAAGAGUGGAUGGAUUGAUCAAUACAAGACCGGUGGUUUGCAAAAUGGAGCCGGGAGAAGAACAAGUGGUCGAGGAGAGCAUUGUUCAUCAAGGUGAUAUCUUAUCUGGAAUUCCAGCCGGAUUCUACGAGGAAGAAGUCGAAGGUAAUACUGAGUUUCAUUGUUAAAACAUUAUUUAUGAUUUUUUUGGGUUGGGGCAGAAUAACAACAUGAAUCAUGUUGUUAUUGUUACAUGAUAGGGCCUAAGUUGUUCUUAAUGGUUUGGUUUAGGUCUAUUGUGUAUGGUUUUUCGUGUUUUUAUGUUGAUUUUGAGGUUUAUUAUUGGUUUUUGAGCUAGGUUUAUUUGUUUUUAGGGUUUCGAUUUGGAUUCUAUUGAAAUUAAUAUAACUUUUUUCUUGUCAUUGUUUAUUUUGAGGUUUUUCUAAUGUUUGACUUUAGCACUUUUUAGUUUUUUAAGUUUGUCGACUGUGUGUGAUGUGCCGUGCUUCAGGGUGAAAAUCUUUCUUUUAUAUUAGACCUUGGCCAAGCUUGGGGUUAAUUUUAUACUAGGCCUUAGGGUUUAACUUUUAGGCUCAGUCUAUGUUGAUUUGGGUAGGUAAAAGUUUUUUUUUCGUUUGAUAUGAUAUGUUCCUUGGCCAUUUUUCUAUUUUUGAUGAAUUUCAUGGAUUUUUUCAAGACUUCAGGGGUCGUAUUGGUGAAAAAUUUUUGCAAUUUUUAGACUUAUUUUUACAGUUUUUUUUUUAAUUUUUAAAAAUUUUUUGUUGUUUGUCUUGUUUUGUUUCAGUUUUUUGCAAAUAAACUCUUUUUUUCAUUUUUAGUCUUGUCAUACAGCAGUUAUACUUGUCGAGUAUAUUACUCAUUCUUUUGCUUUUAUAUUUACAAGCUAUAUCUACAACAUUUCGAUAUUUUUCUUGAUUCUUGUGGUGUUUAAAGGUUUUAUUCUUGCUAAAACGGAGGAUAUUAUCUUAAAGUAUGGCAUUGUUAAUCAAACACAUAAUUUUUUAAUGAGCGUUUAUUUUAAUUAGUUUAUCAGCUAUAUAAAGCCUUUUACAAAAGCUGUAGUUUUUUGUGUCACAAAUUUUUAUCAAUAUUAUUUAUGUUAGCUACACUAUCUUUCUAAAAAUGAAUAACCUAGCUAAUAACCUCUUAUUUCCAGAUGAAGAAGAUCAAGAAGAACCCAGUUCAAGCAUGGAUCCAUUACAACAAUCACUGCCAGAAUCUAACAAUUUUUCCGAAUCGGGUGCUUCAGCCACUUCGAACCCUUUUGGACAAUCAACUGGCACCGUUGUUGGCCAAAAUGUCACGGAAUUUUUGAAAAACAUCUUCAUGAAGGUGGAUCAGGCCAAGAAGUUGGGUGCUUUUCCAACGAACGUGAAUUCUGAAGGCAGUUAUGGUUCUAAUCUCAACAGUGAUGGUGAUAUUGAUCUGAGGGCUUUGCCAAGGGACACGGAUUUCCGAGGAGGUUUAAAUCAACAAGAGGAUGGAUUAGGUCAACAACAAGGUCGAGUAAAUCAACAGCAAGUUCGAACAAAUCAACAAAGUCUCGAUAUGAACAGGAAAAAGGAUAAUAUUCCAGGUGGGCAUUUUAUACGUCAGGAUGAGCAUCUUCAUGUUAAUGUUGAUCAAGGUGAAUAUAUUGUUACUGAUUGUCCUGAAAAGCUUGUUGAUGAUGAAAAUGUUAAUGUUGGUGUAGAGAGUCAUGUUGAUAAUGAUUUUCGCUCUGUAAAUCGACCGGACAAUGAUAUCAGUUAUCGAAACGAUCCUUGUUUUCGAUCUGAUAGUCAUAUUGAACCUUCUUUACCUAAAAAUCGACCAGAAAGUUAUGUUGAAACUAAUUCUUUACCUAAAAAUCGACCAGAAAGUCAUUUUGCAGCUGGUUCUUUAUCUAUAAAUCAACCAGAAAUUUCUUCUGUUAAUCAAAAUCAACCGUUAGACACACCUUUACAGUUUGGCGACGUUACCACGUCUUCCGACGACUCAUUGAAUCCAAUUUCAGCUCACAACCAGCUACAACAACAAAUCCUCGAUGAAUUCGACCAAACAUUGUCUUCGUCUGUAACAUCUCCACCGAAUCCACGUGCCAAAAGCCACAACGGGUCGUUGCUACCUCAACGGGACGGCGUUUCAAAUCUACCUCAACUUGACGAUGUUCCACAUGGUUUGAAUGUAAAGCUAGGGAUUCAAGACGAUGAAAGUGGGUAUCAAGAGCAAGAACGGAACAAUGGAUACGGAGACAUGGAGAUAGAUUAUAGCCAAGAUUCACUACAAGAUAGCAGUCAAGUCUCAGGAAAAGUCAGUAGUCAAGAUUCAGUACAAAUCAUCGACGAAGUACCUCAGGAUCCGCUUGAUUACAUGAAGAAGUUUCGGGAUUAUACUGGUCAGAAGUCAUCGAACGUGCUAACCAACUCGAAUCAAACUCGAUUAGGCUCGAGUUUAGGAUCGAAACUGCUCCAAAACUCGGGAAAACCCUUAAUGUACCAAAAAGGCCUAGAAAGACGAGUUUUUUACUCGGAACGAAGACCUAUCACUUCGUACAAAGAUAGACGGCGAAGAUGCCAUAGACAAUAUGAAUAUGACAGUGGCAAUGACCGACAUUAUUCGUGUGACAGUGAUGAUCGAAAGUAUUCUGACAGCGGAUCAGGAAGGUAUAGAGAUAGAUUCGCAGAACAUAACCGAAGAUUCUACGAAAGAAAGGAAUUCAGAAGAGAAAGUGAUCGUAAGCAAAAGUCGAAAGGAGGUGAGGAUAAUCGUAAGAAGGUGUCAAUUGAGGGUCGGAAAGAUCAAGAAAAACAUGGUGAUGAUGGAAAGGAAGAUGAAGGUACGAGUGAAGGAACGGCAAACGAUGUGCUUAAAGCUUCUCUCAGACUAAGGAUUCAGUAUCCCAGAGCUGAUCACAUCACUGAUUUUAUCAAUAAGGUAAGACUUUUAAUUUGAAUAGUUUUAAAGCCUUCUAAAAGACUAACAAUUGUAAGAACAGAGACACAAAUAUAGUUUAACUUACAAGGAAAGUGCUUGACCUGUCCUGCUCUGAUUGAAUUCAAACUUUUUGUAUAUUUAGAAAGGUCAUGUGAAUAUAGGAUUUGCAACAAAGUACCACAUUGCGCUUUCCAAUCUCGAAAAAAUCGACAUCAAAAAAUUACUAUUUGAAUUUCCCGCUAAAUUGGCAUUGUGUUUCAAGCAUAAAACUUUGUUGUUUUAUGACUUUUAAUUGUUUUUCUGCGAUAUGCUAGUAGAAAACCUUUAAAUGAACCUAGGUUUUUAAAGUUGUAAGCGUAGAUUGUCUAGAAAGUCAAACAACUGCUUGAAACACAAUGCCAAAUUUGCCAAAUUGGCGGGAAACCCAAAUAAUUUAAAUUUAAAACUCAAAAGCGCGAGCUAAAAUUUUUCAUGGGUGCUAUUGGUGGUACAAAGAAUUCAUAUAAAAAUUUUGAGCUGAUUCUGGGCUGGGCCGGUCGGGUACUUUCUGUGUUACUUCGGAUAUUAAUAUUAACAAAAAAUUUUUAAAAAAGCAUUUUUUAAUUUUAAAUUAUCAUUACUUUUCGCUUUUACUUUUACUUUCAAUUUUAAUUGUAUAACUUUCAGCAAGAUGAAAGAUCGAGAAAAAUCAGCAUGACCCGAAUUUCCAGCUCUCGAUCUUCUAGUAAUUCAUCCGAAUCGUCUCGAGUAAUUUCGGCCCAAGGACACAACCGACGAAGUACAUCGACAGAGUCAACCCGACAAAGACGUCGAAGACGCAGUAUAUCAAAUGAUUCAAGAAGUCAUCGCAGAAGAGAAGAUUCUAGUGGAUCAAGCCAACGAACUUACUACAGAAGGCGAAGUCGAAGUAGAUCAAGUUAUAAUAGACAUAGACGUUCCACAAGCACUUCGAGUACAGAAAGAGAUCACACAAAGAGAAGGUCUUCAAGUAGAACAAGUUCAAGGAACAAAGGAAGUGAGAGAAGAACAGAAACGCCGAUUAGUGAUGAUGACAAGAUCUCGAAGUUGAGGAAGGCUGCCGAGAGUGUGCCAGGCAGCUCAUACCGAGUGGACAAAUCGGGUAGGCUCAGAUAGAUCUCAUUUUAUAGUACAGUCAAACUUCUUUAGUAUGACACUCAAGGGACUGGUUUAAACUUGUCUUUAUAAUCUGACAUUCAAGAGAUUGGUCCGAACCUGAUUUUAUACUCAGGGUGACACAAUACCCAUGUACUUUUGGAUAGGGGUUUUAUUACAAAAGGCGCUCAAGAAGCUGCUAUUAUAAAGAGGGUGUAGUGCUAUAGAGGGUCAUACUAAAGAGGUUUUACUGUAGAUAUUAACCUUAAAAACGAACUUAUUCCUAUAUUUUGAUAGAUAUUAACCUUGGAAACAGUUAUUCUUAUAUUUCUUUCCCAACCGGUGAAUUAUUAUAUAGAUAUUACCUUUAAAAGCAUUGUUAUCAAGAGUUUAUCAAAGUUUUUAUUUUUGAAUAUUAUAUAUUAAUAUAAGCCUUGUAAAACGACGUUUUUUAUUUUUUGAGCUAGUAGCACCUAGCAAGCAUGAUAACUUCGUAAAGUUGUUGCCUUUUUUCAUUUUUCAACUGCCAUUUUUUAUUAUUAUACUCUGGUGUUUUUCUUUUUUGUGCUUCCUAUCUAUUUACUAAUGUUCUUCCUAUCAUUGACUAAUAAUUUUAUUUUUUAUACGAAAUUUUAUAAAAUACUGAUGUCAAAAAUCAUAUCUUGCAUAACGUGAUUGAAAGCUUUCAUACCUUUUUCAUUUUGAGCAUGGAAAACGAACCCCUUUUGUGUGUGAAUAACAUGUUCAAAGUCUACGAACUUACAAAUUUUUUCAUUUUUUACAUAUUUGAAUAAACAUUGCACUGUAUUCACAGAGAUUAGUUGAAAAAAUUAUUUUUUUGAUAAGGGAUUUCUAAAAUUUAGAGUCUUGAUUAGAUUACUAGGAUUGGGCUGAUAUUAUUGUCGAGGUGUGAUGAGGGAGAGAUGAAAAAAUUUUUUUUAAAGAUUAUGGUUUUGUGGCACUAGGACAAAUGCGGUUUUUGGAUAUUUGCGGAUUUUUUAGAGUUUUUUUUUAUUUUUUAGUUAAUUUAGUUGUAGUAUGGUACUAAAUAGUACUAAGUUUAAAUUGGUGCUGUUUUAAUAUUUUUUGGUGCUAAAUGGUACUAAAAGUCUAAAAUUGUGCUGUUUUUAUAGUUUUUGGUACCAAAUGGUACUAAAGUUCAAAUUGGUACUGUUUAAUAUUUUUUUGGGGUUAAAUAGUACUAAAUUUUAAAUUGGUACUGUUUUUUAUAUUUUUUGGUACUAAAUGGUACUAAUUUUUAAAUUGGUACUGUUUUUAUAGUUUUUGGUACUAAAUGGUACUAAAAUUCCUAAAUGGUAAAAAAUAUAAAAACAGUACCAACCUGACCCUUUAGUACCAUUUAGUACCAUACUAAAACUAAAUUAACCAAAAAAUUUAAAAAACCUUUGAAAAAUCCGCAAAUGUUUAAAAUCCGCAAGUGUCAAAAAACCGCAUUUGCCCUAGCGCCGGUUUUGUUACUGUUUUGAUUGUGACAUUAUAUUCAUAAGCCUUGCCGGUCGAUUUUCCUUUAAUUGUGGAAUUUGACUCUGUGGUUUUAAAUUUUUGGAAACUCAAAAGCAGGACAAGAACAAUAUGAACAUCAAAUUACAAAUGACCCUUUUUUAGUCGUUUUACCAGCAGUAUCUAGUGAAGAAGAAAUGCCAGUUGGUGUACCACUUCAACGAAAUUUGAUCACAAUCAAUGUGAACAACGACAGUUACACCAUGGAACGAGCGGCGCGAGCCGACAGACUGGCCUUGCCAAAGAAUCAGGACGUUAACAAAGACAAAACGGCUCUUAUUGUCUAUGGGAGUUACAGUGGGACUGAAAAGCAGUUUAGGUAUGUUUAUUUAUUCAUUUAUUGUAGUUGGUAUUUAGGUUAGCGAAAGUAUUAUAAUUUCGUUUUGGGUUUGACCCGUUUUAUCUAGGCCAAUAUUUUAUUGGCUUACAAUGAGGGUACUCCACCGCUUCGCUCAUGCUUAGCUCCAAUUGUUUACAUGAAUUCUUUGAGCUACCUAUAGUACCUAUAAAAAAUUUUAGCUCGCUCUUUUCAGUUUUAAAAUUAAAAUAUUUGGUUUCCGUCAAUUUGGCAAAUUUGGCAUUGUGUUUCUUUUUUGAUGUUUUAUAUAAGAUAGGCUUACAAAUUUAAAAGUGUAUGUUCAUUUAGAGCUUUCCUACCAGUAUAUUGAAGAAAAAUGAUUAAGAGUCAAAAAACGACGAGGUUAUAAGCUUGAAACACAAUGCCAAUUUGGCGGAAAUUCAAAACGUAAUUUUCUAAUCUCCAUUUUCUCAAUAUUUCCUAGACAGCGCGAUGUAGUACAUUGCUGAAGACCUUAUAUUUACAUGAUCUUUCUGUAUAAAAAGCUUGAAUUCAAUCAGAGCCAUGUCAUGUUGGGUACCCCUUCUCUGUUGGUCGAAAAGAACGUCUAAUCCGCCGUUCAUACUAAUGCUAGAAAGCCAGUGGAGACAGGCACGCUAUUAGCUAUUAUCUAAUGUAACAGUGCGAACUAUAAUAUAAUAUAAAUCAAUUUUAACUACUAGAUUUAUAGGAACUUUGUGAACACGUUUGGAAGAUGUAGUGUCGUUCAAAUCAAGCCGGUUCGAAGCAAUAUGGCCAGCUUCUUUUGUCAGUUCAAGGACCCAAAAAUGGCUUACAAACUGUUUCUUCGGUAA